CACCUUCCUUUAGAAAAACUACGGACAAAUAAAAUCCCCAACACAACCGCUGAAGCUGUGCCAUCUUGCUCUCCUCUUGUCAGAUAUGAAGAUUGCCGCGUUCAACAUACAGAGGUUUGGACUGUCUAAAGUCUCAGAUCCAGACGUUCUGUCAGCUCUGGUUAAGAUUGUGUCUCGAUAUGAAAUCAUACUGAUUCUGGAGGUGGUGGAUGUGAGCGGAGCUUCUGUUAAACUGUUCUUGACAGAGCUGAACAGAGCCAACACAACUCAUCACUACACUCUGCAGCUCAGUACCCGCCUGGGGAGAAACAGAUACAAGGAACAGUUUUUGUUUCUGUACAGGGAUGACAUUGUGGAUCUGAUCGACUGCUAUCAAUAUGAAGACAACCAGGUGAACGACGUUGAUGCUUUUGCAAGAGAGCCGUAUAUUCUCCACUUCAAACCACACAACACAGUGCUGAAGGACAUUGUGCUGAUCCCCGUCCACACCAAACCAGGUGACAGAGAGAGAGAGCUAGACGAGCUGUAUGAAGUCUUCCUGGUAAUCAGAGACAAAUGGAAAACCGAUAACAUAAUGAUCCUGGGGGAUUUCAAUGCAGAUGGUGCCUAUGUCACCCAGAAGGAGAUGAAGAAGAUUCGUAUUCGUAGUGACAAGAAUUUUCACUGGCUGAUCGCUGAUGAUGUGGACACCACUGCAAACACAUCAAACGAACACACCUACGAUCGGAUUGUUGUGUAUGGAAAUGACAUGCUUGCAGCCUUUGUGCCAAACUCAGCUAAGCCAUUCAAUUUCCACAAAGAGUUUGCUAUGACAGAAGAAAUGGCCCUGAGAGUGAGUGACCACUACCCCGUCGAGGUAGAGUUACGUAAAGCUCUUCCAUUCUGGCAGACAGAGACCAACCAAAAAUGUGACAUUACCCAGCAUGCAUCAGACAACAGAGCUGUCACAGAGAGUCUGCAGGUUGAUGUGUUGAAGCUACAGAAGGAAAACCUCCUGCUGGAGCGAGAAAAACUUCAACUUCAGAUCUCCUUAUUAAAACACCGGCUUGCCAAACUCCAAUUAGAGGAAUGACAAGAAGAUCUCAAACACCACUGUUUUUGCUGCAAACCAAUCGCCCAAAGAAAUGCAGGCAUUGUACUUUCCUGCAAACCAUUGAUAUAAAACAUAUGUAUGUUAUUUCAUUAUCAGCAUAUUUGCUUUAUGUUAAACUUAACAUUCCAACAACACUGCAGUUAACGUGUGAUUAUCAAAUCAGCUUCAAAGCCAAGCCCUCAGGAACACAUAUCCGGGCAUGAAGCCAGUUUUAUUUAGUGCCAAAUGUGCAAUUACAACAUCCGGAUGUAUGAUGCUGUGGGGCCCAAAAUAUCUUUCCCAUAAACUUACAUUGUGAAGGGAGCUCUGUAAAUUAGUGGAUUUUUUAAAGAAUAUUUUUGGGGCUUUUUUGCCUUUAUUGGAUAGGAUAGCUCAUAAUGUGAAAGGCGGAGAGCGAGGUGACGACAUGCAGCAAAGGGCCAAAAUUGAACCCGUGGCUGCUGCAGCAAGGACACAGGCCCUGAGCAUGGGGCAUCCACUCCACCAGGUGAGCCACUAGGGGCCCCAUGGAUAGAUUUCUUAAGUGUCACAAGCCCCGCAGAAUAACUUGUUUCACGAUCAGGAUUUGAUCCAUUCAGUUCAAUAACAUUUCAAGAUUCAACAAGAGCUGCAUGAUUUAAUCAUAUAAUCCCCAUUCAAAUUAGAGGAAAGAUAAACCCCAGUAGAUUAGUGUUUGGUGCGCUUUCUCAAUGGGCCUCAUGAUUUGGAAGAUUUUAUAAAAAGGCAUAAAAACAUGGUGCCAGUGAUGUUUUUUAGAACGACUUGGCAUGUUUAACGUUUGAAUGCUGGUCACAAUAAUUCAAUUGUUUAGGAGAUGAGUGCAAAGCCUUUUCCCCUCUUUGCAUUAGGUUUGGAUUAGGGUAAGGUUAAAGGGUUACAUGUCGUUACUUAUAAGGUAAAACAUGUCUUCAUGUAUUCUGAAUAAAGUACCUCAAGAAAGUUAAUUAUUGCAAUGUUAGGCCUCAUAUUUAUAAUUAUUAUUAUGUACUUAGUCACAACAAGUGGUGUUGUAGCAGACAUCGUUCUGACAUUGAAAUCUGAAACAUUGUGUUUUGGGAUAUUUGUUGCAGCAUAGUGUCCAGUGUUUGCAUACAGUAAUAUUUUACUGGAAAUAGAAGGCAAUCUACAUACAUUACAUUUUUAGAUUUAAGUU